AUGUAUCUGUUAACUCAUCGGCGACUAGGAAGACUCUACCACUAUGGUCGCAAGCCCAUAAUCCACCAGCAAUUCUACGAACAGCGCAGUACUUCCGCGUUUGGUCUUUGCCUUGGCCUGUACCCAGCAGGUUAUUCCUUCGUCGUCUCGGCUGGAGCGAAAAGCUUUCCAUAUACGAAUAAGACGGGUAGUUACAUGAAAAACUUGAAAUUGACUGAUCCAGACAUUUUGAGGGAUUAUUAA